AUGAAUUUUACUGAGAAUACAAAUAAUGUUGAAAGCUCUGAAAAUAUUAUUAAUGCACCAUGGAUUGAAAAAUACAGACCUGUUACCUUUAAAGAUGUUGUGGGAAAUGAUGAUGCUAUUCGAAGAUUAGCAGCUUUCGCUGAAGUUGGAAAUGUUCCGAAUAUUUUAAUUGCUGGUCCACCUGGAGUGGGCAAAACAACUACAAUUCUUUGUUUGGCAAGAAUUUUACUUGGCCCAUCAUUUAAAGAAGCUGUUUUAGAAUUAAAUGCCUCAAAUGAUAGAGGUAUAGAUACAGUUCGAAACAAAAUUAAAAUGUUUGCUCAGCAAAAAGUAACAUUACCAAAAGGGAAACAUAAAAUAAUUGUUUUGGAUGAAGCAGAUAGCAUGACAGAUGGUGCACAACAAGCUUUAAGAAGAACUAUGGAAAUGUACAGUCAAACUACUAGAUUUGCAUUUGCUUGUAAUGAUAGUUCCAAAAUAAUAGAACCACUACAAUCUAGAUGUGCUGUUUUAAGAUUCACUAAACUAAAAGAUGAAGAAAUAUUAAAAAAGUUAUUACAAAUAUGUGAAAGCGAACAGAUUUCAUAUACCAAUGAUGGGCUAGAAGCUGUAAUUUUUUCAGCCCAAGGAGAUUUAAGACAAGCUUUAAAUAAUCUGCAAUCUACUCACAAUGGUUUUUCACAUGUUAAUAGUGAUAAUGUCUUUAAAGUUUGUGAUGAGCCUCAUCCUGUAAUGAUUGGAGAAAUGCUUGAACAUUGCAUGAAAGCAAAUUUUCAAGAUGCUUAUAAGAUAUUGAAUCAUUUAUGGAAAUUGGGAUAUUCUGCUGAAGAUAUAAUUUCAACAAUAUUUAGAGGAACAAAAUUAAUACUGGGGCAAGUGGAUUUAGUAUUAAAAUUUUUGAAAGAAAUAAGUCUGACUCAUUUAAGAAUUGUUGAGGGCACCAGCUCUUUACUGCAAUUAUCAAGUUUACUUGCAAAAUUAUGUACUAUUGCUACUGAAAAUAACACAAAUAAUUAA